AUGUUAACAGUUCUUUUUGGUUUGUUUUUUGCAAUAAUAGUUUUAAAGGACACUCUGGAAAAAAGAGGCGCACUCGGGCAAAUCAAGGCAAGGAUCAGAGCUGAAGUUUUUAAUGCACUGGAUGACCAAAGCCAACCACGGCCACCGCUGUGCCAUGAAAACCUGGUAAUCAAUGAGCUCAUCCGUGAAUACCUGGAGUAUAACAAAUACAAGUAUGCGGCAUCUGUUUUAACUGCAGAAUCUGGCCAACCUGAAGUGCCUUUGGACAGAGAGUUUCUUGUCAAAGAGCUGAACAUUGCUGAAGACGCAAAUAGCAGAUCAAUCAGACCUCUACUGUAUGGAAUCAUAGCUCAUUUCUUACAUCGUGGUAAAGAAGAAAGUACAUCAAGUACUCUUCCAAAAGUGUCUUUGCUGAACUAUCCAAGGCAGAAUCUCAGCAAACCAACUACUGAAAGAAAUCAAAAAGACAGAAUUCCAGAACCAGGAAGGAUGGCUGGCACUGUCAUCGAGGAACCCCUUGUUUUACCGAGCAUAAACAGAUGAUGUCUUUGAUAUGUUCAUUUCUUAU